AUGGCUCCGGUCAAACCCAACCACACCCCGUCCGAUGUCUCCUCGGAGAAGCUGAAGCAGACUAAUGGCCCCGGCUCGGACAUUACGGCCGUCACCAACGGCGUGGACAGCAUUGACAGUCCGUACUUCAAAGAUCUCCAGCGGAGCCUGCGCAACGCUGUCAAGAAGCUGAAUGCGACCGCCAAAGUCGACGCCAUCAUCGCCGAGAACAAGGGUAAAUCGCUGGACGAGCUUGUCGCCGAAAAGAAGAUCAAUACCGAUCAGAAGGCCCAGGCCCUGAAGAAACCCUCCCUCCAAGCCACCAUCGCCCAGCUCGAAGACCAAAUCUCACACUUCAAGCAAUUUGCCGCCCAGUAUGAACAGCGUCUGGCCUCCCAGAAGGCUGAACUGGAGAAGGCGCACCAAGAGGAGCUGAACUCUCUGAAGGAGAAGGUGGCGGCGGAGGCUGGUGCGGCGAGUAAGGAUGAUUUCAGAAAGCAGCUGCUUAGCCUGACCAAGUUCUUGUGCGCUGCGGCUGCCAUGAGACGCUCCGGUGAUGAGACUGCCCGCGAAACUCGCGCGUUCGAGGGUGUCCUUUACCAGGUGUACGGAGGCACCUACGACGCGGUCGACUCGAUGGUGAAGUUGAUUGAGGGUGCGGACGAGAAGAUUGUCAGUGUGGAUGGCGAGACCCUGGACAUCACCUAUGGCAAUGUGAAGGAGGCUUCCAAGCAGUACGCCCCUGCUGAGGAACCCACUACCAACGCCGAACCCGAGCCCGCCACCGAUCCUACCGUGGCCAACGCUGCGGCUACCGAAAUCCAGAACGAAAUCCAGACCCAGACUCCUGCUACUGAGGGUGACGCUACUCCAGCUCAGACCGAGCAUGCGCCUCCGGCUCAGACCCUCGUUUCCGACGCCGCCAAUGCCGUUGCGGAGGCGAACUGGGAACAAACCGCUGGUGCCGAUUCGCUCGCCUCGUCUACCAAUGCUGAUGGCUGGGUAGAGGUGCCUCGCAACCCCGCCGAGACUGAGAACGGCCUCCAGGCGACCCCCGCGGCCGGCACCACCAUUGCCGAGGCUGCGGUGACUGAUACUACCGGAGUUACUCAGACUACCGAAGAGAACGCGACUGUCCCCAAGGCCAAUGGCGAAUUCGAGGCCGUGCGUCACCAGAGACAGAAUAGCUUCCGCGGACGGGGCCGGGGCCGUGGUCGUGGCCGCGGACGUGGUGAGUUCAGAGGUCGUGGUCGCGGUGGUCGUGGCCGCGGUGGUGCAGGUGGUGCUCCUAAUGGGGCGCCUGCUGCAGCGCCGGCCCAGUAA